UGUUUGUUUAUCCGCUUACAGUGGCUCUCGGCUCAAAGCCACUCUCAUCCCGCCACUGCGCUGCUGUUGCUCCGCUACGGACUGGAGAGAGGUAGGACAAGCGACGUCAGUAGUUCAAACGCUAGCAGAGAAGCGUUAGAGUAGACAUGGCCAGUCCGGGACAAAAAGUAGUCCUGAUCACCGGUUGCUCCUCCGGGAUAGGUCUCCGGAUGGCGGUGACGCUCGCCAAGGAUGAGAAAAAGCGUUAUUACGUCAUAGGUACCAUGCGGGACCUGAAGCGUAAGGACAAGCUGGUGGAGGCGGCCGGGGACGCUUACGGGAAGACCCUGUCCGUAGCCGUGUUGGACGUGUGCACGGAUGAGUCGGUCAAACAGUGCAUCAAUAGCAUCAAGGACCGACACGUGGAUGUGCUUAUUAACAAUGCAGGGAUCGGUCUGGUGGGACCGCUGGAAAGCUUCAGCAUGGCUGAGAUGAAGAGUGUGUUUGAGACCAACGUCUUCGGCGUGAUCCGCAUGAUCAAGGAGGUGAUGCCGGACAUGAAGCGAAGGAGGGCCGGACACAUCAUAGUGGUCAGCAGUGUGAUGGGCCUACAGGGGGUUGUGUUCAACGACGUGUAUGCGGCUUCAAAGUUCGCCAUGGAGGGGUUCUGUGAGUGUCUGGCCGUCCAGCUGCUCAAGUUCAACGUCACUUUGUCGAUGAUAGAGCCCGGACCGGUCCACACAGAGUUUGAAGCUAAGAUGCUUCAGGACGUCCGUCAGAAAGAGUUCCCUGGGACUGACGCAGAGACCGUCAACUACUUUAAAAACGUCUACAUGCCGUCCUCCGUGGACAUCUUUGACACACUGGGACAGACCCCUGAUGACAUCGCCAAGUGCACCAGGAAGGUGAUUGAGCAGGGCAGUUCUGCCCGUUUCCGGAAUCUCACCAACCCUCUGUACACCCCCAUCGUGGCGCUGAAGUAUGCCGACGAGACAGGAGGCCUGUCCGUCCACGCCUUCUACCACAUGCUGUUCAACCUGGGUCCCCUGAUGCACGUCACCAUGAAGGCCGUGCAAUACCUGACCUGUGGGUGUCUACGGAGCAGAACGGUGUCACCAAAUUAGGCACGCACACACACACACACACACACACACUACCCCAAAUCAACACACCCCUGUGAAGAGAGACUCAACCACCUGGCAAUGUCCCCUCCUCAGUGAGAUGCCAUACUUUAUACUGUCUGAUUUAACAGAAGGUGGACCUAUAGAGGUUGAGAUGUAAACGCUUCUUAUGUAGGUCUAACGUAGAUUAUGUAUGUGUAGAUACUCCAUCUUCUGUAUAAUAUAUUUAACUUGGAAUAUAACGGAUCAACUUUAUUUUGACAAAUAAAAACUCCUCUAUGUGA